AUGGCCGGAUUAACAGGUGUAGAGUGGAUCCACUUUCUGCAAAUAGUGUCCUUCCUUACUCUUCCCUUCUUUGUGGUGCGUUUAGUGCUGCUGCCGCUUCUGCACAUUGUGAAUAACAUCGCCACCGAAAGAAUAAAUGCCAUGACAUGCAGCUUUCACGGAUGGCUCAACAAUUUUUUGCUCGUUUCUGGCAUGAUCAUUUUUGUCGGCCUACUUGCUUUCCACUGGACACUGAGCUUCGGCAACAAGUCAAAAUGCAGCAGCAGCAGCAGCAACGUUGGCGGUGGUAACAACAGUGCCUACAGCGCACGUCAAAAGCCAGUACUGAUCAUACCGAAAUGUCCUCAAUGA